AUGAACUUAUAUAGAGAACUAGCAAUAAGAAACGAUAAGGAAAGAAUGAAGCUAGAAUGUAAUGAAAUAAUGAUAACAUCAAUGUACUUUAAUGAUAUUAAUGAUUUUAUUAAUUUAGAAAUAGGAAUUAAAAGAUUUCAAGGAAAUAUGGAAAGAUUUCAUUUUAAUCCAAUUCCUUUAAAUGAAUAUUCAAGAAAAUUCUUUCCUAACAUUGAAACAUUUCAUAUUUAUAAUAGAAAUAAUGAGAUAUUUAAUGAUGGAAGAAUAUUUAAAAAAAUAAUAUGGUAUAAAGUAGAAUAUUCAACAUAUUUACAAGAAAAAGAAUCCGGAAAUAUCUGUAAAAAUAUAGAAUAUACAGAUAAAGAUAAAGAUAAGUAUGGAACUACAAUACCAUCAGAAGUUAAUUCACUUGGAAAUUUUUGCUUUUAUAGUUGUGCUUUAUUAAAAUCAAUUAAUAUACCAACAAGAGUUACUAAAAUAGGAGAUGGUUGUUUUUGUAAUUGUAAAGAUUUAACAUCAAUCAACAUGUCAACAAGAGUUACUAAAAUAGGAGAUGUAUGCUUUGAAGGAUGUGAGUUGUUAAGUAGUAUUAAUAUUCCAAAUUCAGUAAAUGAAAUAGGAAAGGAUUGUUUUAAAAAAUGUUCAUCAUUAACUGAACUUAAUAUGCAAAAUAUUUUAUUCAUUAGUAAAGAUAAAAUAUUUGUUAAUGAAUAUAAUUUAGGAUUUAUUUACAUUGAUAAUUUGAAAAGAAUUAAUGGAAAAGAAGUAGAAAUAAGAAAUAUUAAUGAAUUUACUAUUCCAUCAACAGUUAAUUGUUUUAAAGAUAAUUGUUUUAAAGAGUGCUAUCAAUUGUCAUCAAUUAAUAUUCCAUCAACAGUGACUGAAAUAGGAAAAGAGUCCUUUUAUGGAUGUACUUCAUUAAAUAGUAUUAACAUACCAUCAUCAAUCAGUGAAAUAAAAGACAGUUGUUUUUAUGAAUGUUCCUCAUUAACUAAUAUUACUAUACCAUCAUCAGUUAGUAAAAUAAGUGAAAACUGUUUUGGUAGUUGUACGUCUUUACAAUCAAUUAAUAUACCAACAACAAUUAGCGAAUUAGGAAUUAAAUGUUUUAUGGGAUGUUCAUCAUUGACAUCAGUUACUAUACCAACAACAAUUAGUAAAUUAAAAAAUAAUUGUUUUAGUGGAUGUAGGUCAAUGAGUUCAAUUGAAAUACCAUCAUCAAUUACUUCAUUUGAAGAUUAUUGUUUUUUUGAAUGUUCAUCAUUGAGUAAUAUUACUAUACCAUCAACAGUCAAUAAAUUAGGAAAUUGGUGCUUUUAUAAAUGUUCAUCAUUAACAACAAUUAAUAUACCAUCAGUAGUUACUUAUAUAGGAUAUGGAAGUUUUUACGAUUGCACUUCACUAACAUCAAUUAACAUUCCGUCAUCAAUUAGAGACCUAAGAAAUGACACUUUUAAUAAAUGCUAUUCAUUAAGUAAUAUUAAUAUUCCAUCAAGAGUCAGUGCGUUAGGUGCAAAUUGUUUUAAAGAAUGUAGUUCAUUGAAAUCAAUUAACAUACCUUCAAUUAAUAAAUUAGGUGAUAAGUGUUUUUCUGAGUGUGUGUCAUUAACAUCAAUUAAUAUUUCAUCGUCAUUUAUUGAAUUUGGAUUUGGAUGUUUUUAUAGAUGUGGAUGUGAAGAAACUUUAAGAAAGAAUAAAAGAAUACCAACAGUGUCUUUUGAAGGUGGUGAUAGAAAGAUAGAUAAAAAUAUAAGAAUACUUAAUUUAGAAUAA